GCAGGGCAGCGUCAACGCUUGGGUGUCCUAGGGGAGCGGUUUUACAGCCGGGAAUGUUGAUGGACCACCAGGAGAAGGAGCAGAAAGGGUCGAAUUAUGGGGGGGACACCACAAACGAGGAUCACCGAGGCAGGACGAGCCACCGCGCAGCCUUGGAGCAUCUUCUGCUCUCCGGCGUUGGCUCGCGGCGGCGGUACCGGCUGGGAGGAGGUGGCUGGGGUCCGUUGGGGACAUCCCGGUGCCACCACGCUUCGUCCAGGGAAGGGUUUGUCCCACGGGUUGAUGGCGUGCGCCGACCGGCUUUUUUCGGGUGAUGUUUGGCGUACCCGGUGGUGACGACGGUUAACUGAUUGAUGCCAAACUGUUCCCAGGUCACUUGAGGGAAGCCCCUUCCCCUCUCAUGAUGCAUUCCCCACAGAUGCCGCAGUUCCAGGGUUUGGUCCACCAGUCGCCACCUCAACAAACUAUCCAGCCAAAAAAACAGGAGAUGAGAGCCGCCUCCGUCGUCCAGUCCCAACCCCUGGUGGGGAAGGAGGAGAAGAUGCAUUCGCCCGUCAUCCGUAACGAGACCUUCAGCCCCCCGUUGCGGCAAGAUCCGCCGAAACACCCGGAGAGCAUCAAACCGCCCGCGCACAUCCCGCAACGGACGGAGAUGAAACCCAUGGAGGGGGGACGACCCGUCAUCAGACCCCCGGAACAAAGCGCCCAGAGCGCGGACCAGCAGGCGCUGCUGGCCCGGCACGGCCCGGCACGGCCUGUCUUCGUGGAGGGGCCGUUCCCGCUCUGGCUGCGCAGCACCCGCCUGUGGUACUACGUGCUGCGGGGGGACCCCCUGCCCCCCCACCUACGGGAGGACCCCCCAGACCCCGAGCGCAGCCUGUACUACCCCCUGCACCUUGACCUGGACCUGGAGCGCGGCCCCUGGGACGACGAGGACUUCGACGUGGAGGAGGUGGAGGAGGGCCCUGUUUUCGCACUGUGCAUGGCGGGGGCGGGCGACCGGCACACGCUGGGCAAGUGGAUCGCAGGGCUGCAGGAGUCGAACCCCGUCCUGGGGCGCACCCCCGUCGUCUUCCGCCUGGGGGUCGGGGACCUCCCGGCUGGUGCCCCCGGGGGUCCCCCUGCACCCUGCCUGGGGGCGGUGCCUCCCCCACCCGCGGUGCUGGAGCCCCCUGACCCGCCACGGGGGCACGGGCACAGCACCAGGGGCGACGACGCCAGCCCCAGGAGCGGUGGGGGGCCGGGCGCACCCCCCGCAGCCCCGGGGGAAUAAAGGAAGUGCUGC